UCCUUUGUCGGGGGAGGGGGACGGGGCGGGCCUCCAAGCCUCAGCCCUAGCAGGCGUCUGACCGCGGCGCGGGACACCGCGGUAUGGGGAAGGUGCAGCUCUUCGAGAUUCGCCUGAGGCAGGGCCGCGUCGUCUACAGUCCUGGAGAGCCGCUGGCCGGGGCCGUGCGCGUGCGCCUGGGAGCGCCACUGCCCUUCCGAGCUAUCCGGGUGACCUGCAUGGGUUCCUGUGGGGUCUCCAACAAGGCCAACGAUGGGGCAUGGGUGGUGGAGGAGAGCUACUUCAACAGCUCCCUGUCACUGGCUGACAAGGGAAGUCUGCCGGCUGGAGAGCACAACUUCCCCUUUCAGUUCCUGCUUCCUGCCACAGCACCCACAUCUUUUGAGGGACCCUUUGGGAAGAUUGUGCACCAGGUGAGGGCCUCCAUCGAUACUCCACGUUUUUCCAAGGAUCACAAAUGUAGCCUCGUGUUCUACAUCCUGAGCCCCUUGAACCUGAACAGCAUCCCAGAUAUUGAGCAACCCAACGUGGCCUCUACUACCAAGAAGUUCUCCUACAAGCUGGUGAAGACGGGCAAUGUGGUUCUCACAGCUAGCACUGACCUUCGUGGCUAUGUGGUGGGACAGGUGCUUCGGCUGCAGGCUGACAUUGAGAACCAGUCAGGCAAGGACACCAGCCCUGUGGUGGCCAGCUUGCUGCAGAAGGUGUCCUAUAAGGCCAAGCGCUGGAUCUACGACGUCCGAACCAUUGCAGAGGUGGAGGGUACGGGUGUCAAGGCCUGGAGGCGUGCUCAGUGGCAAGAACAGAUCCUGGUGCCUGCCCUGCCCCAGUCAGCCCUGCCUGGCUGCAGCCUUAUCCACAUCGACUAUUACCUGCAGGUUUGGUGUUGUCCGGGGCUGGGUGGCCUGAGGCUAGGCGACCUUGACCUGACUCCUCAAUACCUGCAUUCUUUCCAGGUCUCCAUGAAGGCACCUGAAGCCACCGUGACUCUCCCGCUCUUUGUUGGCAAUAUUGCUGUGAACCAAACCCCACUGAGCCCCUGCCCAGGCCCAGGGUCUUCUCCUGGGGCCCUGUCCCCAGUGGUGCCCUCUGCACCGCCCCAGGAAGAGGCUGAGGCGGUGGCUAGCGGCCCCCACUCCUCAGACCCGGUUUCCCUCUCUACCAAGAGCCAUUCUCAGCAGCAGCAGCCACUGUCCACCACCACGUCGGGUUCUGUGUCUGUCGCCACCGUCGAUCCCUGUGUUCAGGUUGGAAGUCCUGCUGGCCAUUCUCUGCACCCUCCCUUGUGCAUCUCUAUAGGUGCCACCGUCCCCUACUUUGCAGAAGGCUCGGGGGGCCCAGUACCCACCACCAGCGCCUUGAUCCUCCCCCCAGAGUACAGUUCAUGGGGCUACCCCUAUGAGGCUCCACCGUCCUAUGAACAGAGCUGUGGUGCCAGUACAGACCCUGGCCUGAUCCCAGGGAGCUGACCCUGGUGAGCUAACCCUAUGCCGCCUUCUUCGGUGGGCCUGGCCUUUGCCCUGGGAUGAGGUGCCCAGGGCCUCGUGCCUUUGCUCUCUUCCUGGCCCAGCUACUCAGGACCUGCAGCCAUCGGGAUGACCUCUGGUGGACCAGCCUCUCCGGGCUCCUCUGGAACUAAUCAGUCCUCUUCUCGAGAGGUUGGGAUAGGGCAGCAGGGGAUCUGGGACCUGGAGGGACUAUAAAUAAACAAAGCAUUUUAUUUGUA